AUGGACGGCGGCCUUGUGUCUCCACUUUUGCAAAUCCACCGGCCAAAGCCAAUCAAUAUUGUUGAAUCAAAGGUUGUUGAAUCGGAGGUUGUUGAACUUAUUGGUAGCGAGUCUGAUGAUGAGUCGGAGGCUGAAGAUGAGUCGGAGGUUGAUGAGUCGGAGGUUGAUGAGUCGGAUUCUGAUGAGUGGGAUUCUGAUGACUGGGAUUCUGAUGAGUUGGAUUCUGAUGAGUCGAAUUCUGAAAAACUUAUUGAGACUCAUGUUGUGGCGUUUGUGGCCAAAGCGAUGGAUUUGCAAUUCUUAUGA